UAAUGUCAAUAACUUGUCAAAGUCGUAAACUUAUUUAUUUCUAAAAUGAAUUCAACAUCGAAUAAUUCUAUAGCAUCUGGCUCUGAUCCCGUAAUAACCAAAUCCGAAGAAUUUAUUAACGGUAAUGGAGAAAACGAUGAAAAAUAUCAACCAACAACACUAACAGAAGCAGAAAUUGCAGCAGAAGUAUGUCACAUCGCUGGUAAUCCAACCUUUUGCAAAGUUGUUAAAGCUGCUUUAAAAAUGGAAAAUCAAUCGGAGAUAACCAAGAAGAGUUUUGCCGAUUUAAUGUCUCUUCCUACGAGAGAGUAUUUGGACCUGACAGUAGUACCAAUUUUAACGAGUGCUCUUAUUUAUUUGGGAAAAGAAAGACCCGUUAAUCCAAUAAUCGCAUUGGCUUCAUUUUUAAUUAAAAAUAAAGCAGAGUAUGAAGCGAGUUAUGAUCCAGGGCAGGCAACUCUUCUAUCUAAUGUGACUUCUUCGAGGGAAUUACUUAUUACCAAAUAAAAAUUAAUUUAAUGGCCAGAAAAAACAACAACUUUUGUAUUUUGUCAAGUUUUUUAUAAUAUAUUUUUAAAUUAUACCUACUUUAAAAAUUACUUUU